AUGACCGUAUCGAACGCAAGCUCAGGAGGGACCAGAGAAGAGUUUUCUGGAGAAGUGUACCAGUGGAUUAUCUAUACAACAACUGCCUUCUUCUGCCUCGGUGGGCUGGUGGGGAACGGAAAGGUCAUCUGGAUCCUUGGUUUGUGCACUCAGCGGAGGUAUUUCCUGAUUUAUAUCUUGAACUUGGCCAUCGCUGACUUUGGCACCCUUUUGGCUUUGUUGAUCCGAGAAAGCAGCCUCCCCUUUUAUAAACUGCAAGACCAUACCCGUUAUUCCCUCUACUCGCUCUUUUUCUUCAUGCACAGUGCAAGCUUGUAUCUCCUGACAGCCAUCAGCAUGGAGAGAUGUCUCUCUGUCCUGUUUCCGCUCUGGUAUCAGCGCCACCGAAGAGGACACGCUUCCACUUACAUCUCAUUCUUCCUCUGGGCCUUCGCUGGUCUCCUUUCUGGGGGGUUGCUAUUGUGUUGCCUCAUUUUGUCCUCUGGCUCUUAUCUCAUCAUGGUCAAGAUAAUCUGCAGCGUCAACUUGCUGAUUUCCACUCCCCUCAUGGUGGCUUCCACUCUGACGCUGUUCAUGAAGAUCUACUGUUACUCGCAGGGACACCAGCUGCCUAGGGUAUACUCCGCCAUCUUGGUCACGCUGCUGUGCUUCAUUAUCUUUGCCAUGCCACUGAGUGCUGUACAUGUCGUCUUCGUCUAUAGUGGCCAUUUUUCUCGGCCGAUUGUAGAAAUAUCUGUCCUUUCUGUGUCUUUCAACAGCAGCAUUAACCCCCUCAUUUACUACUACACCGGGAGAGUUGGGAAUAAUUGGUGUAAGGAGUCUUUGAAAGGUGCGCUUCAAAGGGUUUUCAAGGACGAAACAGAUUCUAGGACAUCAGGUUCCCUGGUAUAA